AUGCCGAGAUGUCGGAAAGUCAAGACAAAGAGGUGUGGGAAGGAUACUGGAUUGGCUGGUGCCAUCAUGGCGGAGAAAGUGAACAACUUUCCACCGUUGCCCAAAUUCAUCCCGCUGAAGCCAUGUUUCUACCAGGACUUCGAGGCCGACAUCCCUCCACAGCAUCUCACGAUGACGAAGCGCCUGUACUACCUCUGGAUGUUGAACAGCGUCACGCUGGCCGUGAACCUGGUGGGCUGUCUCGCGUGGCUGAUCGGAGGUGGGGGAGCCACCAACUUUGGCCUCGCCUUUCUCUGGCUCAUCCUCUUCACACCCUGCUCCUAUGUCUGCUGGUUUCGACCCAUUUACAAGGCCUUCAAGACUGACAGCUCCUUCAGCUUCAUGGCAUUCUUCUUCACCUUCAUGGCCCAGCUGGUUAUCAGCAUCAUCCAGGCUGUGGGGAUCCCAGGCUGGGGUGUAUGCGGCUGGAUCGCCACCAUCUCCUUCUUCGGAACGAACAUUGGCUCAGCAGUGGUGAUGCUCAUUCCCACCAUCAUGUUCACAGUCAUGGCUGUCUUUUCCUUCAUUGCACUCAGCAUGGUUCAUAAAUUCUACCGAGGCAGUGGAGGUAGUUUCAGCAAAGCCCAGGAGGAGUGGACCACAGGGGCCUGGAAGAAUCCACACGUGCAGCAGGCAGCCCAGAAUGCAGCUAUGGGGGCGGCCCAGGGUGCCAUGAAUCAGCCGCAGACCCAGUAUUCUGCUACCCCCAACUAUACAUAUUCCAAUGAGAUGUGA